CAAGAUCAAAACAGUACAGCACAAUGCUGUUCAGUUGCAUGAGCGAAGACAGAUGAUUGUUAAUUGUGUAUCAAAAGUCGAGUAUGUUGUGAAAAAGAAGUCAUGUCUAGAUCAAGAAGGGGCCGAGAGGAAGAAACACAACCUAAUAACUUUAAAACACUGUUGAACUGUUGUUUCGGAUCGUCAGGAUGUGCUUUUCCAGGUUUUCCACCCGUAAGAGAAUCAACUACUUCACGGCUUAUGUACACUCUUUACCUGUUCUUGGGUACUGGGUUAUCUUGUGCCCUUCUGUCGGAAACAGUAGAAGAUAAAUUAAUGCAACGAAGUGGUUUUAAGGAUUUCUGUGUGAAAAUCAAAGCCGGGGACAACUGCAAAAUCCUGCUGGAAUAUUUAGCCGUAUACCGGAUAUGCUUCUCCAUGGCUUUAUUCUUCAUGUUUUUUAUGAUAGCCACUUAUGGAGUAAAAACAAGCAAGUCUGCUAGAGGACUGCUUCACAAUGGGUUUUGGUUUUUCAAGACAUUGCUGUUAUGUGGUUUGAUAGUGGCAGCAUUCUACUUGCCUAAUAUUGGGGAGUUUGCUGAAAUUGGUAUGUACAUAGGUUUCAUUGGAGCAGCAUUGUUUAUACUUUUCCAGCUUCUCCUUUUGAUUGAUUUUGCUGCAUCUUGGAACCACAGUUGGUCUGAAAAAAUGAAAAAUAACAACACUAUUCUUUGGUUUAUCUUGCUGAGUGUUUUUAUUAUCAUAUUCUACUUGGGUGUAAUUGUUGGUAUAUACAUACUCGUUACACAGUUUGCUCUUGACAAGCACUGUACAAUGAACCUGUACUUCAUUAUAAUCAACUCAGCAAUCUGUUUAAUUCUUACGCUACUGAUGAUGUUACCGUGCGUUCGUAAAAAACAGUCAGAUUGUUGCCUCUUGCAAUCGUCCAUAAUCAGUCUUUACAUCAUCUACCUCACCUGGACAGCUAUGUCCAUAGAGCCACCUGUCAUAGAUGAGAUACCGAAUGGUGUUAACCCGGAGACAGGCAGGACACAAUACAAAUACAACAAAACAUUCUGUGGUCCUGGAGAUUCAGUGAUAUCGAAUCUAAUCAAUAAUUCUUAUACCGACCUCAUCAAGGCUGUUGUAGAUGCAACGAUCAUGAUUGUCAUGGUUGUGUAUGCAAGUCUUGUAAAUGCCAGAAGAUGGAAGUGUUGUCCACGUGGUGCUGAAGGUGCCUGCUGUCUUUGUGAUCCACUUGGAGAGAAAACUGAAUUAGAAGAGUUGCCAUUAGCAAGACAAAAUAUCGGUAAAGAUCAUUAUGAUGAGGAUGAGAGUGAUGGUUCCUCAAAGAAACACAAGCAGAAGAGUAAAAGCUCAAGUAAAAAAGAAGCCCAAAAUAAACGAGUUCAGGAAGAGGAUGAAGCAGAUAAAAGACAGAGUUUAGGCGUGAUUCAUAACGAAGAAGAUGGUGUUGUUUACAACUAUUCUUUCCUUCACCUUGUCUUUAUGUUGGCAUCCUUUUACAUUAUGAUGACGCUCACAAAUUGGUACAAACCACAAUAUGCUAAAUUGGAAAACUUCCAGAGAACAUGGCCACCAUUCUAUGUCAAGAUGGUCUCCAGUUGGGUUUGUGGAAUUUUGUUUUUCUGGAACAUUAUUGACCCUGUAUUUUGUGGAGAUUGCAACAGAAGAAGAGGAACUACACCAACGCCACCCCCAAAAAAAUCGAAGUACAAGGGAGUUGUGACAAAAGUUUGAUGCAUCAACACUUUGAAUGUUUUGUUGGUUUAAACAGACUUUUUCUAUUCCUUUAAACUUGUCUAUUUUAGUUCUAAAAUAUUUAAUGAGUGAUGUUUCUUUAUAAUUUUAGUUCCUACACAAUGCAAUAGUUUAUUAACCAUUUUAUUUUUACAUGGUUAACUACCUUUUUUAUUUUUAAGUAACAUCCCACAUUUGAUAUUUUGUGCUAACUUGUGUUUAUGUUUUUUACAUGUUUAGGAAGAUUUGUUUUCUAUAUUAAAUUUGCUUAAUUAUCACUUAUUCCAUUUUGAUGAAUAAUUCAAUCGGAAUACAGAAUAUAUAAACUUGGAAUGUGAUUAACAGGAUUGUCCUAUCUGUAAAAAAAAAACAAUAUGAACAAUUGUACAUAUCUUGCAGUGAAAUAUUUUAUUGUCAUUUUUAUCUUUUAAUGAAAAAAAUUACCGAAUAUUACAUGUAUUAUAAACUAAAACAAUUAUUAAUAUUUUAAUGAGUUUUUGUUUUUGUCUUAAUAAUAUGUGAAUAAUGAUAAUAUAAUUUAAAUUUCCAACUAUAUUCAAAUUCCCAACUACACUUUAAGUCUAUCCUUCAUGAAUCCUACAAGUAAUUAAUUAAGACUGAUAUAGUGUGAUCAGAGUAAAAGUAUAAAAAAGAAAAUGUUAUGGUUUUAAAAUCAAAUGCUAUAUAAUGUAAGAUGCAAGGCAAUACGAUUGUUAAAAAUUGUGUUUUUACAUGCAUUUUAGCAUUCUUUUUGCAUUUUGGCUUUGGAAUUCCAUAGUGAAUCUUGCAUACCUAAUCUCGCUAAGAUAUGCAGGGGCCUUGGUAUAGAAAUUCUUUUAAAAAAUCUUAAUAUUUAGAGGCCAGUAUCGUUUGAAGCAUUAGCAAACCGUUCUGUAUUCCCAAGUUCAACUUCAAGUGAUUUGGAAUACUUUACAAGUGCUUCAACCAUUUUGAACAUCAGACAACUCUCAGUUGCAAUAGCAAUACCAGUAAUUGUUGCACCAUCACUUUACAGUAUUAGGCAUUACAUGUCUUAUUUUCUUUGGUAUUAUGAUGAAUAAAAAGGGUAGCUGCAUUACUCUGUUAUAGAACAAUAUAAAGUAAAUGACAGCAGCACUUUUGAGACUAACAAUAUAGCAAU